AUGAAUCUCUUAUGUGUAGGAUCCCUUUUUCCCCCCCUGCUCCUGAGUCCUGUUUCUAGUUCGGGUAGGGAUGCUGUGCGGACCAUUCCAUCGUCUGUCCCAAGCUUAUGGAGAACCGCUGACUCGCUGGCUUCCAGGAACCAGGGUGCUGAAAUGGAACAUAUACUUUUGAUUCUUUUACUCUUUACUAAGGCUUUAUCAGUUGGAGCUCAAUUCAAUGGAUACAACUGUGACUCCAAUUUUCAUAGCCGCUUCCCCGCGGAGAGGGACAUCAGUGUGUACUGCGGCGUGCAGACCAUCACCCUCAAGAUCAACUUCUGCCCCGUCCUCUUUUCCGGGUACACCGACACCGACCUGGCCCUCAAUGGUCGCCAUGGAGAUGCACACUGCCGCGGAUUCAUCAACAACAACACCUUUCCCACUGUUGUGAUCUUUAGUAUCAGCCUGGCCACCCUGGAGUCCUGUGGCAAUUCCCUGGUGGUCUCCACGGCUCAGGGGACAAACGCUUUAAUGGGAAACCUGUCACGGUGCAGUGGAAACAUAUCAGGGUACAUCGACCACACCGGAUCCCCCCCACCAUCAUUAGCUACCCUGCCAGGUCUGCUGCUACAAGCAGCUGCGAUAUCAGUGAAGGACAGCAACGGUACCUUCGUCAGCACGUUGAAUCUGCUGCUUUACAAUGACUCAUCAUACAUUCAGCAGCUGUCCAUCCCCAUGGCAGGACUGACCCUGAAGACGCGUGUGUUUGCAGCUGUAAAAGCUUCUAACCUGGAUAGGAGAUGGAACAUUCUAAUGGACUACUGUUACACCACGCCCUCUGGAAACCCUAACGAUGACCUCCGCUAUGAUCUUUUCUUUAGCUGUGAAAAAGACCCUCAGACCAGUGUCUUUGAAAACGGGAAAAGCCAAAUGGGCCGCUUUGCCUUUGAAGUGUUCCGCUUCGUGAAGCACAAGAACCAGAAGAUGUCCACCGUCUUCCUGCACUGUGUCACCAAGCUGUGUCGGACAGACGACUGUCCUAUGCUCAUGCCAAUCUGUGGCAGCAGAAGAAAGAGAGAUGUCUCAGACGGGGACUCUGGGAAUGCUGUCCUGACUGCCGGGCCUAUCAUCACUCGGAGUGAUGAAACACCAACCAACAACUCUCAGCUGGCCCAUCUGAAAGCUCCAGUGUUUCAGAUGAACACGGUGACGAGCGCGCUCAUCUCGGGCAUGAUCAUCCUGGGCGUCAUGAGCGUUUGCUUCUUCAUCUUCUCCCUGACCCUCCUCAAAGGCAAGAGUACUCCUGUCAGCACUGUGUCUGGAGUCCGUAACCCAGCCUUCAGCUGA